AUGAACUUGAAGGGCAGACGACCGAAAGUGGCUCGGAACUCACCGAUCGGAGCUUCAAAUUCUGUAGUCAUUUGGAGGCUCCCCCAUAUCCGCACUCUCGUGCUGCGCCAAACCUUGGUCCAUUGGGUCGGAAAACGAGAAAUCAGGACGAGAUUGAACUUGUAUUUCUCCAGAAACCACAAGAUGCCUCCCCGCCUCAAUAAACGGCAGCAGCGAGAACUUGAGGAACUCGAAGCACUUGCAUCCACGAAGCCACCGGUGCCAGUUGACGCGUCUAGUGAGGAGGAAGAUGCACCAGGUCCCAGUUAUAGUCGAGGGGGUGGUGGUUUUUCAAGUUUGCUUCCAGACGAUGUCAACGGGUCGGAAGAGGAAGAGGAGGUGAAGGCGACGAAGUCCAAGAAGUCAAAGAAAAAGAAGAAAAAGACCACCGAACCGAAUACAGCAAGCCCGCCACCAGCCAUGAAGGAGGCGCCGAAAUCCACGCGAACAAGUACACCAUCUACUCCAGCGAAGAACGAAAAGAGAGCUCUGAAAAAAGCCAAAGCGAAGGAGCGCAAGGCUGCCAAUGAGGAGUUGGAUCAGGCUCUAGCAGAGCUAUCGAUUCAAUACCCUGCGUCCCAGAAAAUCUCACACAGCGCAAGUGGAAAGCAGUCGCUGGCCGCUCUUUUAUCCGUAUCUCUACAGAAUCUGGACGCAGAGGCCGAGAUGCGCAGAUUCUUCGGUUCGAAAGUCGUCCAAGCCACCAAAGCUGAAUCUUCGUCAAGUCGGAAGAAGGCACCUGCCGUUCGGUCAAAUCUGACUCGGCCACAAGCUACCUGGUGGGCAGCGAAAGGGCGAGAAGGUCUCUCACUGCGAUCGCUAACGCCAGAGGAGGAAGUAGCCAAACUUACUCGCCAGUCAUGGGAGCCUCUCCAAGAGAAGUGGUGGACGAUCGAGUACAGCAAGAAGUACAAGAGCAUGACGAAGGCAUUUAUGCAGACUGUCCUGUCCGGAGAUCCACAGGGAUUUUGGGAUCUACUUGGUACUCUGCCAUGGCAUGCCGAUACACUCCUCCAGAUCUCGGAAGUAUAUAGACAUCGAGAAGAACAUGCUCAGGCUGUCGAUUUCAUCGAUAGAGCCAUGUUUACCUACGAGCGAGCUCUCAUUGGUGCUUUCACUUUCACAAGCGGUCUCAAUCGACUUGACUUUGACCGUGUCGAGAACCGGCCAUUCUUCCUCGCCGUCCAUCGUCAGGUCUCAGAUCUCCAACGCAGAGGAUGCGUGCGAACAGCAUUCGAAUUUGCCAGACUCAUGUACUCACUGGACCCAUGGAACGAUCCCCAUGGCGCAUUGUUCCAUCUGGACUUCGUGGCGAUCAAGUCGGGGAUGCACCAAUGGCUCCUUGAUGCGUACGAUAUAUCUGAAGAGCGUCGCAAGGAUCUCUCUGGGAAGCAGGAUGCUAGGGUGAAUCCUGUCCUUCUACCUGGUUGGGCAUUUGCUCGUGCGUUGUCUUUAAAGGUAGCAGAGGACGCGACGAAGGAAAAGGACCACACGAAGAGCACAGCAGCACUUAAACAAGCCGCUCAUGAUUUUCCCUCGAUUGUCCCCCUGCUGGCCGACAAACUUGAUUCCACGUUACCUGCGAAUCUCCGUGCCCAUCGCGACUUCAGGAUAGAGACAGAAGCACUAUCUAUGUCACCUCCUGCAGGGGUCUUACACCUAUUGUCGCACCUCUACGUACAGCGUUCGGCGUCCGUCUGGAAGGACCAUGCCGCAUGGUUUACCACGACGAUAACGGAGGCGUUCUCGACCCUCCCGUCGUCCUUACCUACCACCGAGCGUCGGAAUGCAUUUCUCACGCAGUACCAAAACCUUAAUCUGCGAUACUCGGUGUAUCGGCAUGUCAUGGUUCUGGAAACGUCUUACCGCCGCCUGUUCUCGUUCAUCCCGCGGCAAGUCCUACAGGCCAAAUCACUCUCGUGUGAUCCUCUUCCACCGCUAACGUCGAUUAGUCAAUAUGACCAGGAGUUUUUCCAGGCCAUAGAUGAUAUUUAUUCGCCCCGGAUGAGGAGUAGGAGGCAGCGCGAGCUCGACGAGCGGCGGCUUGCACAGCUCCUGCCGGAUGCGGCGUUCCGGCAGCAGCUCCAGGCAUUCUUUGAAGGCAACCCACGGCUGCAAGAGCGCUUCCCCGGAGGCAUCUUCCAGUUCGCGCAGCUAGUGGGCCAGCUUCCGCCGGACGUCCUCGAGGACAUGAUGCUCAUUGAGGCUAUGGAUGGGCCGCCUGGAGAAGGGCCUCCAGGAGCGAUGCCUGGUGGAUUGGAUAAUAUGCAAGAGGAUGAUGGCAACUUCGUGGAAGUCAAUUUCAAUCCGGGCGCGAUUGAGAGAGUGCCGAUACCUGUUCCCCCUCUUGCCCGAGUCCAAGAUAGUGAUGAGGAAGAUCUCGAAGACGAAGAUGAGGAGGAAGAGGAAGAAGAGGAAGACAUUUCUCCUAUGCCCCGCCUGUUGCGGAACAUUCUUGGAAGACUCUGGGGAAGAAAUGCGGCAGCUGAGGAGUCUUCAUCCUCUGACGAAGAGCCUCCUCGAGAUGACAUGGGAGUCGAUUAA